AUGUCUGUUGUGCUAUUCGUCAUUUGGUUUGUUGAAACUGUUAUAUUGAUUGUCUCAGACUUGAACACAUUCCUUACGAAAGCCAUUCCAGACACCAAGCUCACUGUGAAGCGCUAUCUGGACGUGAAAUUCGAGUACUUGUCGUACUGCCUAAAAGUGAAGGAGAUGGAUGAUGAGGAGUAUACCUUCAACGCACUGCAGGAACCGCUCUAUCGCGUGGAAACGGGCAACUACGAGUAUCGUCUAAUCCUGCGCUGUCGACAGGAUGCGAGAUCGCGAUUUGCCAAACUACGCAAUGACGUCCUUGUCAAGCUUGAACUUCUCGACAAUAAACAUGGUGAGGCUAUGAGGCUUUCUACUGACCCCUUGGCAGUAGACGGUUUUAAUAGAUUGUGA